UGACCCACAACCCAUCGCGAGAACAUCCGCCAUGUUGUUGGAGAUGCAAACAUGUAAACAUGAAACGUUUGUCAGAAGAGAACUCUCCAAAGUCCGUGUUAAGGAGAUGAUUCAAAGCAAAGGGGUAUAAAAUUAAGUCUAGCAAAGAUAAGUGGUGCAGGUGGAUAAAAACGAGCAUUACUUGAUGACGGGAAAUGACGGAAAAGACAAAUGGUCCUUCUGCAGGUGGCGUAGAUGUAGAUAGUGCAGAGAGGAUGUGGCUGGAGCGAAUCUGCAACCAACCGGUCCUGGAAGCCUGCUCACGCUCUGAAUUAUGCUUACAUCUACCUGCAGCAUUUCAUUAAAGCCUUUAAAAGGAACCAAGUCAGCCAGACUGUUUCUCCAACAAGUUCAGAAGACGUCUGCAAGAUAAACCUUCAGCCACGGACCUUCCUCAGAUCAAUAGCAGAUGGCUGAUGCACAUUGCAGUAAAAGGCUUUGGAGAGAAAACAAUGGACUGAAGAGAACAUCUAUGUUUGAAGAAACCACCAACUCUUCUGAUGAAGGCGAGCAUCAGAUGUCGGUGUUUAAAGAAGAGGUCUCUGAUCCGCGGGGCUCUGGUUUGGGCCAGCAGAGUCCAGCACUCCUUCAGGUAAAGAAGGAAGACCGGGAACGGUGGGCUGAUCCGGAGGGAGGGCGGCUUAUUGAGCGGGAAGAGCCGGACGACACCAGUUUCCCCUUCACUGUUGUUACGGUGAAGAUCGAAGACGACGAUGAGAAUCUUCCCUCGUCAGGGCAUCAACACGUCAGAACUGAAGACAGCAGGGAGGCGGCGUCUCCCGCCAGCAGAUCAGCUGAGCAGAUGGAAACAGAACCCCAUAGGGAGGAUUGCGGGGGACCAGAACCAGACGGGAACCCGGGUGCAAAUACUGAUAUACGUCCAACAACUGAUGAAAACGCUUCAGCCUCUUCUGAGACGGAAGUCAGCGGUGAGGAUGAGGAUGGCGAAGGUCGCGCCGCUCGUCUGUCGGGUUCUGGAUCGGAGGAUGAAGACUGGGGGGAAAGCGGGACUCGUCUGUCAGGAGAAACGUCCUCCAGAUGCUUGGACGAGGCAGACCUUUCUACAACGGAGCCGAACGCGGAGUCGCAAAAAGCCCGCGACGAGAAGAAGCUCUUCGUCUGCGACGAUUGCGGGAAACCGUUUUACUAUCUGUAUCACCUCAAGCGCCACAUGGCCCGCCACACAGGCGAGAAGCCGUUUCAGUGUGACGAGUGUGGCAAAAAGUUCAGCUUGAGGGGGAACCUGAACCAGCACAUGACGAUCCACAAAGGAGAAAAACCCUUCGCCUGCAGCUUCUGCGACCGACGCUUCAGACUGAGCAGCUACCUCCAAGCGCACGUGGUGACGCACCUCGGCGUGAAAGCGUUCGCCUGCCAGCACUGCGGGGAGAGCUUUACCCGAGAGGGAGCGCUGAAGAGGCACGUCGUCCGGCACACGGGCGUGAAGCCGUUCGCCUGUGCCAUAUGUGACAAGAGAUUUUACAGGAGGUCCGACUUGAAGUAUCACACGCCGGUGCACUCCAGGGAGCACAAGGUCAGCUCGGCGCCGAGGAACUUUGCCUGCGACGAGUGCGGGAAAAGGUUCGUCCACAAGUCCCACGUAACGCGCCACAUGAUCACCCACACGGGAGACAAGAGCUUCAGCUGUGAUGUUUGUGGGGUCCUGUUCAAGUGGCAGAGCGCUUUGAAGAGACACAGGAGGAGGUUUCACAAUCAGUAGAAGCUGCUCAGUUUUUUUUAUAUUUAUUUCAUAGGCUACAUGAAGGUAACCAGGAAAAAACAAAUAAAGAUGUCACAGAUAAGCUGUGUUUUGAGAAGCAUGGUCGAAGGCGUCUGUCUUACAUUUCAAUAAAAGGGGCUAGUGUGUUUCAGCUGUCGAGGGAUCACACUCCUCAGCCUCCCUGGGAAAGUAUUUACUCUUACUCACCCUUCGGUCGGGGGUAUCAACUCCAUGACGGUUUCAUGCAUGUUUUAGGAGAGUCUCUGCUCCAACAGAGCUAAACUAAUGGCUGACCUGCCUUCUCUGUCUUUAGGUUGUGCGUAGGUCUGCUAAUGAACUGCUCAUUGACUCCGAGCUUCCUACAUUGUCUGGAAAAGUGUGGAUUUGACAGGUCUCAAGUCUGGAUAAUUAUGGAAAGUUGGUUUGAGUGUCCAGACUUUGUUAUUGUUUUAUGUAAAGGACAUAAAGAGUCAAGGGCUUCUUGCAUCAAUUUAUUUUAAAUGAGCAUACGUUGUAAAUUGAAACAUCACAACUUGAAUUUAUGACAAACAGAUUCAUUGGUUUGCUUGUAAAGGAUCGUCGUCAUUUAUUAAACAGUUUUUCCCCUGAAUUGUUUUUAUUUGUCUCAGUUUUUUUCUUUGAUUUUUUUUUUUUUCCAAUAACGGUUUAGGAUGCAAGCACAGUUCUUUAAAAAAUAAAAACUGAAGGGAUAUUGAAGUUUUGAGAGUCCCUCUAAUCAUAGAAGGAGGUCCUAGAAACGUUGAAUAUGAGAUUACAGGUCCUAUGGGAAGAAAUAUUUUAAUCUUUUCGCUAAAUGGUUUCCUGUAUUGUGUAUGGAAUUCAGUGGUUGUCUUUUUUAUGGUUUUGCUUUUUUUAUGUGUAUAUGUGAACAGGUGAUUUAUCUGUCACAUGAUUUAAUCAGAAGAUAAUGCCUGUUCCCAAAGGCACCGUGGCUGAAACAUUUUUAAUAAAUAAGGCUUGACACGG